GGCGGCGCAGGAGGGGGCGGGUUCGGCGAGGGCGCGGCCUCUGAGAGGGGAGCGCACGAUACGCAUCCCGGCGAUCGCCCGGGCCACUCGGGAGCCUCGCGGCAGCCCGGCGCCCCACUUGGCCAUCCGCUCCUUGCCCGCCUCCUCUUGUCACCUCCCGUCUCAUCCUUCUCGCUCCUUCCCCGCCGCAUACACCGCCAUCCGAGUGCCUCAGAGAGCCGGAGGUGGUGUGCGGAGCUGCAGGGCACGACUUCAAGCGGUCCUCAGCUCCGCACCAGGGGGCACGGGUAACAGCAUGGACACCAAGCGCUGCUUCGCCAAUCGCUUCGAUGACUACCAGGGCAGCCUGCUGGCGGGCCAGUGUGAGGAGGCGGUGGCGCCCUUGGUCACUGCCACCAUCGAGCGCAUCCUCCAGGAGCUUCCCCCACUCGGGGGCGACGCGGAGGCCCGAGGGGCGACGGCCGGGGCUAGCGGCUGCCAAGGGGGGCUUUAUGGCGGCGUGGCCGGAGUGGCCUACAUGCUCUACCACGUCUCGCAGAGCCCGCUCUUCUCCACGGCCCGGGAACGCUAUCUGCGCUCGGCUAAGCGCCUCAUCGACGCGUGCGCCCGCGCUGAGGAGUGGGGCGAGCCGGACGCCGACACCCGCGCUGCCUUCCUGCUCGGGGGCGCGGGCGUGUACGCCGUGGCCACGCUCGUGUACCACGCCCUGGGCCGGUCCGACUACGUGCAGCCGCUGGGCAAGUUCCGGGCUCUGUGUGCCGUCUGCGCGCCGGUCUCCUUCCUGGAAUGCGGCUCCGACGAGCUGUUCGUGGGCCGCGCAGGCUACCUGUGUGCCGCGCUGGUGCUCAAGCAGAAACUCUCCCAGGAGGUGCUGACUCCAGCACAGAUCAAGUCAAUUUGCCAGGCAAUUCUGGACUCUGGGAAGCAGUAUGCCAUAAAGAAGAGGAAACCAUUCCCCCUGAUGUAUUCUUACUAUGGAACUGAAUAUUUGGGGGCAGCUCAUGGAUUGUCGUCUAUUCUUCAGAUGCUUCUUUCUUACCAUGAGCAUCUCAAGCCCUCAGAUCGGGAGCUGGUAUGGCAGAGCGUGGACUUUCUCAUGGAACAGGAACAAAAUUGCAACUGGCCACCUGAGCUCGGCGAGACCAUCGAGAGAGAGAAUGAGCUGGUGCACUGGUGCCAUGGCGCUCCAGGAAUUGCCUAUCUGUUUGCCAAAGCUUAUCUAGUUUCUAAGAAACCGCAGUACCUGGACACAUGUAUUCGGUGUGGGGAACUCACUUGGCAGAAAGGCCUGCUAAAGAAGGGGCCUGGGAUUUGCCAUGGAGUAGCCGGCAGUGCCUAUGUCUUCCUGCUGCUGUACCGGCUCACAGGAAACUCUAAAUAUAUCUACCGAGCUCAAAGGUUUGCUCAAUUCUUAUUUACUGAGGAAUUCAAGGCCGGUUCUCGGGUCCUUGAAAGUAUAUACAGCUUGUAUGAAGGCUUCUCCGGGACAGUGUGCUUUCUGAUUGACCUGCUGCAGCCCAAUCAGGCUGAAUUCCCUCUCUUCAGCGUCUUUGUUUAGAAGGCUCCAUCUUCCACUGUGGCCCUGCAGAGAUCCCCUGAGCCAAGCCAAGGCAGUUUCCACAUAAGCCACAUUCAAUGGUAUCGCAACCAUGAGCCUUAACAUUGCCACCAGAAGGAAGGAAUCAGGCAGGUGAAGGCAACAUGAUGGCAGAUUUGAGAAAGGAUCUGCAAAAUAAAGAUACCACAACUCAUCUCAAAACUGCAGAGAUUUAAUGUUUCAGGGAAUAGAUGUGAAACAAGGGAUCACAGGAAAAGGGGAAAGAGAAAUGAUCUGUUUUUCAGUUAUGACAUAGAAAACCAAACUGCAAGUGUGGACUAUGACAAAAAAAUAUGCUAAUACCUUUGCAGUCUCAAUGAGAAUUUGACCGUUUGUGUGUGCCCUCUACCCUUAAAUUCAGAAAUAAAGACAAUCAAAAAUUAAAAUAAUUGCCCAGCUAAAAACUGCUAUGAGAGAUGAAUUGUCAGGUUGCUGAAGUAUGAAAAUAAACUCUUGGUUGUCCUGUGCUUAUA